AUGCGAAAUUUCGAGCCUCAGGGCUACACAACUUGUGUUAAAACCUUCAACGAAAAGAGUGACGAGAUUACUAGCUACUACAGAUACGGUCGUGAACAUUUCUGGACAUCAGGCACCGAUCUAGCAGAAGAAGGCAACUUCUUCUGGAUGGCGAACGGCAGACCCCUUACAUUCGUCAACUGGAAUGCAGGGGAACCUAACAACUUCCGAUAUGAGAACGGUGAAGAAGAAAACUGCCUUGAACUCUGGAAUAGAGACGACAAAGGGUUAAAGUGGAACGAUUCCCCAUGUUCAUUCGAAACUUUCUUCAUUUGUGAA